GGGCACAGGUGGGUGGCACUGGUGGGUGGCACUGGUGGGCACAGGUGGGUGGACACAGGUGGGUGGCACUGCUGGGCACAGGUAGGUGGCACUUCUGGGCACAGGUGGGUGAUCUGCUGGGCACAGGUGGGAGGAGCUAGUGGGCGCACUGCUGGGCACAGGUGGGCGGAACUUGUGGGUGGCACUGCUGGGCACCCAUCAUCAGGGCACUGAUCAUCAGUGCCCUGAUGAUCGGUGCCGAUCCUCGCUCUGACAACUGCCGGUUCUCGGCAGUACUUUCCUCACGAUCUGACAGUGUGAGGAAAGUGCAGCCGAGAACCGGCACUUGCAU